GAUAAUUGUACGUAUAUAUUAUUAUAAUUAUCGCGUGCAUCGCUUUAACGCUUAGGUCAUUAGAUCGAUUACAAUAAUUAAUUAACUGUAUAAACCCCUGAUAUUGGGUGCGAAAAUAUUCAUGACCAACUCCGUAAGAAAUAUACCAAAGCCAUAUACCUUGAUGAGACCUAUAGCGUCCUUAAACCUUCCAAAUCCCCAUGGAAUUAUUAUAAUCAAUUGAAUUCUUUCCUCUCCUGCGUUUCACUUCCCUAUACUACAAUAUAUCCGUUUAAACGCUACUUUAAUUGUUAACAAAUCGAAUAUUCUUAGUCAUUUUAUAUGUCGUCUCUUGUAGAUGAAUUUUAUGUAUAUUAUCGUUUUCUGUGCACUCAUCAUGAAUUUAAUCAAUUAAUUAUUAUUGUUAUUAGUAUAAUUAAUUACCUCGAAUGUCAACCGCAUUCAUUUUAAUUUCAUUUUGUCUUGAUAAUCUCCUGUUCAAUAAUAUAUCUUACAUUUAUAUCAUGACGUUCUAUUGAUAAACAUCGCGUGUUAGUGAUUUUAAGAAAGUGAGAAAAAACCUUAUUAUUAUGAUUAUUGUAAUUGUAAUUAUUAUUAAUAAUAUACCACAAUAUUCGUAUAUACACUAAUGUAAUAAUAAAUCUGAAGGUGUUAUUGAUGAUAAUAAUAUCUACAUUAUUAGUUAUAAUUAAAAUAAAGGAAAGAACACCGACUAUACCUAAUACCCAUGUAUUAUACCUAUACAUCUAAUUUGAUAUUGAUGAUAUUUUUGGAAAAUCUACAUUUUUUAUUCUUUUCAAAAAUUCCAACAGUCGGUUCUAAUUAAAAUAUUGAUAGUAAUAGUGAUAAUAAUGAUAAAAGCGCGUUUGCGCCCGAAUGACUUGGCGCAUGAGCAUCUAGCUGGCAAAGUAUUUUACUCGGAAAAUUUUAUAUUUACGACGGAGCUGUUUUGUCAAUCUACAAGAAAAUGGUGGAAAUAAUAUGUUCCAAACACAUGGGAUAAUUGCAAUCAUAAAAUGACGUGAAAUAAUAAUUAAAAAAAAAAAACCAAAAUAAGCCAAGCAUCAAACGUUACGAAACCGUAUGCCGCGUGUCUUUAUUGAGCUUUGGUCAGAUCUCGUCUUCCCCUUUAAAGAAGUGAAGAAAAAAAAUCAAAAUUGAUUUUCCGGGUGAUUUUUCUCAAUUAAAGUUGAUUGGAAUGUAAAUAUUAUAGCCCCAAAAUUAUAAUGCACACAGAUCUAGUUUGUGUGUUUAAGAAAUAUUUUGUUAAAUUUGAUAUUCACCCAGUUUCUCAAUCUGAUAAAUUUAAUAAGACAACGUGACAGAUAAGAAAAGCCAACUGUAACAGAGAAACAUGGGUCAAAAGGACGAUAUGGACAUGCAAGAGGUACUGAGCAAUAUUUUCGGGCCCGGUGUGCUUGCAGCUGUAGAAAAGCUCGCAACAAAUACUGGGAAAACAGCUUCAGGUCACACCAGAGUCACUCAAUACCUGGGAAUGGCGAAUGAUUACAUGAAGACGGUACUGACGGAGCACGUAAAUCCACCCUCAAAUACCGAAGACAAUCGUCACGGUCGUAUCGGACCAAAAUUCGCCAGAUUUGACGUCUUUACUCAUCAUGGCCAAUUCAUAUUGUCCCCGGAUAGACUUAGUUUAAACUCUCAAAGCAACUUCAGCACGAUGAGGGCGAACGUUGCCGUUUUUGGGGGCAAAUGGAUUUAUGAAAUACAACUAGGCUCGAAGGGGAUCAUGCAGGUGGGCUGGGGAACGGCUCAGUGCAAAUUUAGCCCAGUAUCUGGUGUCGGGGAUACCCCGAACUCGUACGCGUAUGACGGAAACCGUGUACGACGGUGGAACGUCUCUACUCAUAAAUACGGGGAGCCUUGGCUUUCGGGAGACAUAAUCGGUUGUACUUUAGACCUGGAUAACGGUGUUAUAGAGUUCUACAGGAACGGAAAGUCCUUGGGAAGAGCAUUUGAAGGGGUUUCUACGGGCGCUGGAAUCGCCUAUUUUCCUACCGUUAGUCUUGCGUUUAAAGAGAGCUUGACCGCAAAUUUUGGUUCAACGCCGUUACGCUACCCCGUUGAAGGAUUUGAGACGUUUCAAGCCGCUCCAACGGACCAGAUCAACCAAGCUAUUAUCAUAUGCGAGUGGCUGAAGAAAGUCAUUCGUAUUAUUGAGGCUGGAAAAGAAUCCCUUCGAGAAGAAAAUGACGAGGACAGCGGUAGCCCGGCGGUCAAUACGAUUAGCAAUAACGCCUUCGUCGGGUGCAUCGCUAGAGCGGUCGUUAGAAAUUUUGGACCACUUUUAGCAUCGCCUUACGUGGUCGAGGCAGUAUUUGUACCCUUUUUAAGGGAACUUCCGGUGACUAGCGGAAGCCCUGCGGAGGGUACGGACGUCAGUCGUGUCAGGAUUUGCUUGGAUCUUCUUUGGGCAUUUCUGGACGACGAAGAAAUGAAAACCUGCCUUGAUAGCACUGUGAUACACCUGAUAUUCACCUUCAAACAUGUAUCCCUCAGGCUUGAUUACCCUGAUCAGAGCAAGAGCCUUAUACUGUUGACGAAUAUUUGUCAGCACACAGCGACCAGGCAGUACCUACUUCAGCAUAUGCUAUUCAGCAGGGUUCGCUUUGCCAAUUUCGUUCAUAUAAAACCUCUGGAUGAAAGUGGACUUGCAGAUGUAGUUGGAACAACAUGGUGGGAAACUGACCCCUUGGAUUCUGUCAUUGAAACGAACAAGGAGCAGUACCUUAUGUCCUGCGAUCGAAUUAAAAACGCUAUUUCCGAAAUCGAAGCCCUUCAGGUUGAACUGCUGGUGACCCUUUUGGACAACACUGACGGCACCCCGACAACGCCAUCGUCGCGUACAAUUUUUUUAAGAAAAUUUCGAAAUUUUGUACAAACUAAUUGGAUAUCAAGUCGUAUAACAGCGGAAGUUCAGACCCCACUUCCGAUCACUCUGUGCUGUUUUCAUCGUCUCUUAGUCGCCUUCAGGAUCCUAUGGGACGCGGAAAUUGGUUCCAAUCCCAUCUACGUUCCAUGCAGGAACUUCUACGACGCGUCUAUAAAUUACGCCGGAAUAGACAGACUUGGUGGAGUCCUUUCCCACUUGAAUAAAACCUUUAAAGCCGAGCUUCUCCACCAUUUAGGUCCAGAGCACGAAGUUAUCGUUGCCAUGGAACAGACCCAGGAACAGCCUAAUGCUUUUUCCGGAGGUCCUUCGCGCUUCGGUGAGUUACCAAUCGCCAUUCCGGCGCUCGCAAGGAUGACAACGGUCAAUUCAACGAGCCCAUCGAACCCCAUGAUCCUCGAAAGGCUCUUGAACAUUCCUUUCAAUCGGGAAGAUCAGACCCCAAUGCGUCUGGGACAAGCUGACCCAUCGGCAUCCCUCCUGGAGUUACUCGAUGGUAUCAUUCUUUUUUACCACCUAACAGCCAAGAGGCAAAUAGCUAAGGUAGCAACCCUACGAGAAAGUAUGGACGAGUACAUCGCUGCCAUGGGUGCGAUGAAGAAUUACCUUGAGAUAACGAGAAAACAACCAAAAGAUUCGGACGCCGCUGCAAUGGCUCGGGAAAUAACGAGGGUGAUCGAAGUAUUUGACAUUAAACUUGCCGAGCAAGCCAGACACAUGGCAUGGGUAAGAGCGGUUGUUUAUUCCAGAGAAAAGCAGGCGCACUUAGUCUGGUUAUUGAGGGUCGUUACUCUCACCCUCACAUCCGCUAGUGAGGAGGGUAACAUGUUUAGCUUUGUGCCAAAAUUUUACCUCGAAGCUAUGGCAGAUCUUAGCGUUGGCAUCAGGAGUCAUGUUCAUCCCACAGCUCCGAUUGAAGAUAUUCCAGAGCACCAAGAGAUGUUGAUUGAUGUCGCGAAAUUUUUAUGUGACCACUGUCUCGAUUCGCGUAUUGUCCAUGCGAACGCGAAGGACACGCUUGGUUUAACGCUAGCAGGGUUCGUUUCAAACCCUUUGACUUUAGGUCCACUUGAAAAUGUCCCCAUACAGUCCAGGGUAAAGCUUGUCAACAGCCUGUUAAAACCAUAUGAAAACAGAGCGUGGGCUCAGUCCAACUGGGUUUUGGUCAGGUUCUGGCAAGGAUACGGGUUCGCGUUUAGGUACGAAAAAAGUCCUCAUUUUGCUAAAAAAGUCGGGGCUAAAUUGAUGCAUCAGGAAUCCAUAUCGAAACCGAUCAAGCCAUGCCCGUCUCCGAUUUAUCAAGCACAUGUAAAAUCUGCUUUACUUGGGAAUUCUGUCGCGACGACGCAAUUCUUGAACUCUCUAUUGAAUCAACUCAACUGGGCCUUCUCAGAAUUUAUAGGGAUGCUGCAGGAGAUGCAAAGAAUUUCGUUGAGGCCACAAAGGGUCCCAAUUGAGUCGAGGCAGCUGAAAAUAUGCGCGACUUGUUUCGAUUUGGCUAUUUCUUUAUUGAGGGUUUUGGAAAUGAUUGCUACUCUGGCUACCAGCGUAUUCACUAAUGAUUCUCAAGAAUCUAGCGAGAGUUUAUUAGCUAGACUUUUCCAGUUACUGUGCCAAAUAUUGAAUCGCGUGAGCUCGCAGACCGGUUGUUUCCAAUACCUAGUGCACCUCGAAAUUCCAGACCUGGAAACAAUCGAUCACUUUCCAAUUCUGUCAGCGGUUAUUGGGAUUCUAUUAGUUUUGCUCAAAGAGGACAUGACUGCUUUCAAAACACGUCGCAGAAAGAUGCCUAAAGUAACUAAAGCGCUGCUUGAUGAGCCCAGUUUCCAGAUAGAAUCACUUUAUUUCGUUUUAGGAGAGGUCAAACCUAAACACCAAAAUAUGCGAAAUGUGAAACCGUUUUGCUUUCAAUACUACAAGGAUGACGUGAGCGAGCAGGAGAUAAAGAAUGUGAGAGAAAUGCUUAGAUACUUGGAAUUUUACCGGGCACUGACCGAGACGAAACUUACUUCAAUCGACGACGAUAAUAUUUGUACAAUUUGUUACGCUUACCCGAUCUCCGCGAUAUUCAAGCCCUGCAAUCACCGAUCAUGUCGAGCAUGCAUUGCUCAUCACCUUCUUAACAGUAGGCAAUGCUUUUUUUGCAAGGCUAAUAUCGACCAAGUAGCAGAUAUGGAGGGCAAAUUAAUACAUGAUCUAACUGCAGACCCCACGCUUGAAGAUCUUACCGUCGCGUCUUAAUCUUGUCAUACAAAUAAAAAAAAGAAAUCAUUAAGAACGGAAGAAUUCGUUGUAUAGUAAUUACGUGAACUUGUACAAUACGGCACGUAAUUAAAAAUGAGUACAAAUUAUUAUUGAAUAACAUCGAGAACGUUAGAUUAAUAAAGUUACAUUUUAUUCAUGAAA